ACGAAAAUAAGAGAGCGUGUUUUACUCAUAAAAGUGUAUCUUUUUACCAAAAAUGGAUAAAAUUGGGCAAAAACUUUACAUAACCCCUAUAUAACUAAUAUCUGGAUUUUCAAACACUUGGCUGACUUUACUAUUAUUGUAUUCACAGUUUAUGGGAAAUUUCAUAUGUGGCAACUUUGCCCGAUAUUUGACAUUUAAACUGUGAACGCACAAUUAGUGUUUUUGUUUCCUGGUAAAGUGGCAACUUUGAUCAGCUGACUAUUCGCGUUUAGAAAAAAUGGAAAGCAACACAGAAAUACAGAAGGUAAACGCAAUUCGCAAUAUUUUUAAAUAUAAAUAUGAAAAUAUUCUGCCUAUAAUUGUUCUAUUGCAGGUUGUACAUAAGCGUGUUCGAAAGGCUACCUACAGAAAGUGGACCGACAAUGAAAAUGAAAGUUUAAUCAACUUUUUGAGGGACAAUAGGCCACUAGAGAAACCAACGGCCCAACAUUAUUUUUAAACCAAACUGGCAGCGACUUGCAUUGGACUCUGGUGCGUUGCAAGGUAAAAAACUUAAGAUUGCAGUACACCAAGGCCAAGUCCUGGCAAAAUACAACGGGAAGUGGCACCAUGGAUAAUUGUGACACUACCAAAAACGCGAUUGUAAGGAUGUGUCCCCGGUACGAUGACUUAGAAGACAUUUUUGGCUAUAGGGAGCUCACUUCAAACUGCCUUGUAUUGGAUACCGAGGACAUUGCAUGUACUGGUUCACCAGAAGUUGCCACGUCCUCUGAUAUAAUCGUCGAGGAAAUCGUGGCAUUACCCGAGCCUCUGGUCACCCCUUCUACGUCAAAGGCUGUCCGAAAGGGUAUAUAUUCGCGUACAGCCCUAUCAGACGUUCUCGAUGUACACUCCAGCUUAUUGGAUGCAAAAAAAGGCAGAAUCGAGAAGGAAUUUAAGAUGAGGGAAAAUGAAUUAAUGCUAAAAGAGCAACAAUUGUUGUUUGAUAAAGAAAAAAUUGAAAAAGAGUUGGUAGAAAAAAAAGCUGACAGGGAAAUUCAAGUUAUGGAAAUUCAAAUGAGGGAGAGAAUAGCUAUGAAAGAAUUGGAAAUGAAAGAAAGAAUUGAAAUGGAAAAAAUGAAAAUAAUGCAAUAAAAAUGUCGCAGGCCUAAGUAUUUUCUUCCAUAUAGAAAAUAAAUCGCGUUAUAUGAAGAAAACAUGUAUAACACCUUCAUUAGAAAAAUAUUAAACAUCUUUUAUUUCAAUAAAAUUUAGUAGGCUAUUGAACUGCAUACCAAAAAGGCUAAAAAUGUCGACUAAAAAGUUGAAUAUUUCGAUGAAAAUUUGUAAAGUUUAGAUUUCUAUACGAAACUAAUUCAAUUUAAAUAACUGAAGCCUGUGUUGAUAAAAACCUCUUUUGCAAACGAAUAGCAAUGGAGGAAUUAAAAAUUAAAAAAUAAAACUAUACAUAUAUACUACAUAAAAUUAAAUAAUUA